CGUCAAAUGUCAAUUGUCUCUUACGAAUUUUCUCAUGUACGUUUAGAAUCAUAAAAUCAACCGCUUGCAGGUGAUUUUGGAGUGUGAUAUUUUGUGAAAUUGAUUUUUAAUAUGUUCAGCAAUAAAUUUGAGGUUGAUAAGCAUGUGGAAUCCUGUUUAAAGAAAAUAACGAACGAAAGGGAGAGAAACAACAGAAGUUACACAUUUGCAAAGCUUUAUUAUAAUGUAGGGGACUAUGAACAGACUCGACGGUAUGUGUCGUCUUAUCUUAGCGUGAAACCUAAAUCUGCUGAAGCCCACUAUCUCUUAGGCCUAUCUUUGGAAAAAUUAGGUAAAAAAGAUGCAGCAUUAGAAGCAUAUAGAACUAGUUUGCAAAUUGAUCCCAAGCAAAAUAACCUCUUACUGAAAGUUUGCGAAUUAUUAGCUAAUGAUGAUGACUUGGACGUUACGAGUGCCAAAUUUUUCUAUGAAUUAGCCGAAAACAUGGAUUCUAACAAUCCAUCCUUUUACAAUUUGAAAGAAAAAUUAAUGAUGAGUGAAGAAAAAAAUCCAGAAAGUGUAAUUGAGUUAUUAUUAAAGGAAUUGGAGACAAGGCCCACAGACAUUCCCCUCAGAGUACGUUUGCUCAGAAACUUCAUCCAAAACAAUAAAAUAAAUGAAGCAUACAAACAUGUCCAUGAUAUAGAAGAGAAGAAUUUACCCAUUUUUUCAAACAACUUAAUGUGGUAUGAGAUUGUUUCGGAUAUUCUUCUCCGAUACAAAAGACAAGCACAACCAACAAACUUGAAUUGGUCUUUUUGGUGUCUACUAAUUUCUGUUUUGGAUAGGUUUUUAUGUUUGAGGUUAGAUGAGAGAAGUGAUCAAAUUAAAGAAAAUUCUGAGAAUAUGGGUCAACUUUUUGUAUUUGAUCAGUCACUUCAGGAAGCAUCCCAGAAUAUUCAUCAUUGUCCAGAUAAGCAGUUAGCAAAUGAAUUUUUGAACCAUUAUCAAGGACAACUUUGCCUUCACUUUGCAAUAAUUAUUUUUAAGCAAGCCAAAAAUGAUUUGAUUACAUACAAGGAAGCUACAUCUAUAACUCUUCCACUACUUUUCAAUUCAUUUCAUAAAAAACCUAUAGAUUUAAGUGAAUCCUGGAUCGAUCAUCUACAGAAAUCCCAAAAAACUUUUGUUAAACGUUGGUAUCUUGAGGCUGCAUUUAGAUGCUCCCAAGUAGGACAUACUUUGCUAUCUGCAGCUGUGGAUAGGAGUUCUAUUCUUAUUAGUUUGGGUACUAAAUAUUCUUCUGGACCUUGGCAAGAACAAAUAUACAAGAAGGUCUUUAUAGUUCAAGACCAGCGUAUAAAAAUGAGCACUAGUUACUUAGCCUCUAAUCAUAUUGAUGUUAAACUGAAGAUGCCUUCAAAACAGGAACUUCUGAAGUAUGAUGAAGAGUCUUUUUACAUAUUUCCAGAUUCUCUUCAACACUAUAUCUGGGUGGGGUUGCACCACGAACUGGCUGACAUAAAAUAUCUACCAUUUCUAGGGUUGCAAUACUCUGUGAAAAACCUGAACAAUUGUGGUGCUGAAACUCUGAACCUUCUAGAUGUACAAGCGUUUUUGUAUGCCUCCACGUUGUGCGCCAAAUGGAAACAAAACUCUCUGAAACAGAUAUUAUGUUACAAAUUAGAUAAACCAGAAGUCCUACCUGUAGCUGUGACAGAUCUUAUGGGUUCAAUUGAGCAGGCAAAAUUUCUCACAGCAGCAUAUAAAAUGUUUAAAAACGAAUCAGGUUUUGAUUCUGGUGAGAUGAGGUUGACCUUAAUCAGAGGAAUCGAAGCUGUUAGAUGUGUUGGGCGUCACGGCUUGGAUGUAGGCCUGCUUGUACAGCUGGGAACCAUUUUUGCAGAAAAAGCUGAAAAAGCAAAUGUUCAGUCUGAGAUUGAGUUUAAUGAUGCCAGGGCUGAAAUAUAUUGGAAAGCAGCGCUCCCAAUUCUGGAAAAGAUGAAAAACAACCAGGCAGUAUCUUAUGGGACCAACAGAAUGUUUGAUUACAAAACGAAAGAUAUACCUUUACGUCAAAUUCAUUCAAUGAUUGAAAGGGGUAAAUUGUAUCUGGGUAUAUUAGCAAUGAAACGUAAGGAAAAUGAAAAGGCUUUGACUAUAUUUGAAGAAUUAAAAGACCCAUAUGCUAGUUUCCACCAAGCGCAGAUCUACAAGAGGAUGGCUGAUCACAAAAUUAACCAGAACAAGGAAAGUGUCACGUCUGAGAUGAGGAGUCAGAACAUUAUUUUGCUGUCUAAGGCAAGAGACUGCUUUUAUCUAACCCUUGACAGGCUCAGAGAACCAUCAGUUGACAGGAACCAUCCUUUGAAUCUUCAAUUAGGUACUGAAAUAGAGAAAAUUGAAAGAUUGUUAUCGAGAAUUGAUCCAGAUGCCAAUAGAAAUGAAUGUGAUGCAUUAUCAGAUGAAAAUGUAUCUUCUGCAGACAGCACGGAACAUUAUACAUCAGCGCAUUAUACAUCUCAAUUUUCAAAUGUUUAUAGCUCGCCCUAUAUCAAUAAGAAUGAAACUAGAAACCAGUCAACCCCAGUACGUUGGAAUGUCUCCAAGAAGGAAGCAAAACCAAGUCCUGAAAGGCUAGAUGCACAGCUUAGACAACUGAUAGCUGCCAAAGAUACUACACUUAGCCAAGUUUUAGAACAGAACAGAAUGAUGGUUGAAUCUCAAAGAAAUAUGGUGGAUGAAUUGAGAAAUUUCAAAGAUGUUGUUUACAACCUAUCUGGACAGGUGGAUAAUCUGAAGGCCAUGAAGACUGAUACGAAUGAACUCAAGGAGAUAAAAAAAUCCGUUGAUGAUUUGAAACGUUCCGUGGACGAUCUCCAGAACAUUAGGAAUGUUUCGGAUAUGGUUUACGAGCUGAAAAAAGAGUUACAGAACAUGAAGAAGGAUAAUGCCAAACCUCAGCAUCCAGUUCAGGAUGACCUAUAUACUUUAGAUGAUGAUUAUUCUGAUUACAACUUGGGGAAUAAUCUCAAUUUUAAUGCAAAUAUGUAUCAAAACUACCCUAAUAGGAUUCCAACUGCUAUGCCACCUCCCUCAGCUCUCUAUCCACAUGGAUACUACCCUCCUAUGUUUGUUCCACCUUAUAAUUAUUCCAAUUUGGGAUUAGCACAAUCAGCUGCUGCAUUGGCAUUUGGAGCUGAGCAACAACUGCCUCCUGAUCUCAGAGGACUGACAAAUCCUAUGGCGGCCCCUCCAAACCCCUUAUACUCAGGACAGCCGUUAACACAACCAGCCAUUCCAGCAUCCCUUAAUAUUUCGAGUUCCAGUAUGACUGCUUCUUUAGUCAACUCACAAAGUACCACACAAUUCAAAGAACCCAAAGUGGCGACAGCUGUGCCAUCUAGCGUAGCAAUGCCAACUACCUAUACUUCCACACCAACUUCAAAAGCGCCACCUGUCAAUGUGGUCAUAACAUCGUCCGAUCCUCUUCCAGCAAUGCAAUCGUCUGUGUCUCAACCUGUCUUAUCAGUCACAAUUCCUCCACAGCACAUCAAAGGUAACAUUCAGAAAUCACAGGUGCAUAACUACCAAAUACCUCUACCUGCGACAACUGUAACAUCUACUCCUUCUGUUCUUUGUAAACCAACCCCUGCUAUAACAACUGAGGGAAUGUUGUCUAAUGUGGCACCACCUGUAUACUCAGCAAUAUCUAAUGCGAAAACACCCUCAAAGAACGUUCCAGUGCAGAUAGAAAACUCAUCUUCAGCACUCAAUUUAUCUAAAUCCAACAAAGACUCUACAGAUAAACUGGAUACAAAUAUGCAGUUGGUGUAUGAAUGUCCUGGCAAGCUAUUUGCUUUCAAACAAGAAUCCAAACAGUACACUGAAAGGGGAGUAGGUUUAAUGCAAAUUCUUCAAAAUCAAAUGGAUAGGAGUCUUCAUUUACAUAUGAAGAAGGAUAAUGGUAAUGUGAUAGCUAAGCAUCAAAUUACUCAUGAAUUAAUUAUGACGCCUAAUAAAGAUGAUUCAUUCCUUUGGAAUGUUUUAGAUUUUUCCAGUGGAAAAGGAAUAAUGGAAAAAUUCUGCCUGAAAUUGAAGAAUAAAAAUGACGUUGAAGAAUUCUAUAAUAUUUAUAGAAUGUGUAUGCUACAAAAUGAGAAUAGUUCUAGAGCGCAGCUUGCUAAAAGUGCUCAAGGUAAGGAUAAACAAAUCACUAACAAGUUGGGUGGAUUUGUGUUUCUCAAUAGUCCUGUUUUCAAACCAAAAGAGAAUGAGGCGCCACUGCAAGUGAAAGAAGUAGUAACUGAUGAUAAAAAACAGAGUCCAUUCGCAAACUUCUCCUUCGGUGCUAGAAACACUAAUAACACUAGUACUUGGGGGGAACUUGGCAAAAACAAUCAAGGUAUACUUUCAAACCUCUCUGCCAACCCUCCCAAUUUUGGUGAACCCAAAACAACUCCCAAAGUCGAAGGAUCCAAAUCGGAAUCCAAACUAGAAAGCAAUUCGAGAGAUAACUCUUUGAUUGAGGAAUUCGUACCAACCGCUGAAUUUAAACCAGUCAUACCACUUCCCGAAAUGGUAGAGGUCAAAACAGGCGAAGAAAACGCGGAGGUUCUUUUUGACUCCAGAGCGAAACUAUUGCGUUUUGAUGCAGAGAAUAAAGAAUGGAAAGAAAGAGGACUUGGUAAUAUGAAGGUAUUAAAGGAGGAAAAGCUUAUUCGACUGUUGAUGAGGAGGGAACAGAUCCACAAAGUUUGCUGCAAUCAUCAGUUAUUGAAGUCGAUGAACUUCCAGUAUAUGCCCAACCAAUUUAAAGUACUUACUUGGUGCGCCCAAGAUUUUGCCGAGGAAGUUCUGAAAGCAGAAACUUUCGCUAUAAGAUUCAAAACGGAGGAACAAGCUACAGAAUUCCUGAAAUGCAUAUUGAAGGCUCAGGAAUCCUUGAACGAGGAUAAUUCACUUGGUAAGAAGGAGGACGUGAAAGUUAAAGAGACAACUGCGACUCUUCCAUCGCAGGGAUUCGGCGACAAAUUCAAACCAGCCAAAGACAGCUGGUCAUGCAAAGUUUGUUAUAUAAAUAAUGAUUCGAAGACCACCAAAUGCAUCGCUUGCGAUACAGUCCGGCCUUCAGUCUCUACCACAGAAGACGUGAAAGUUAAAGACACAACUGCGGCUCUUCCAUCCCAGGGAUUUGGUGAUAAAUUCAAACCAGCCAUAGGCACCUGGACGUGCAAAGUUUGUUAUAUAAUCAACGAGUCGAAGACCACCAAAUGCAUCGCUUGUGAUACAGCCCGGCCUUCAGUCGGUUCAAUGGAGGCGAAACUAACACCAAUCGCUCAGGCGAAACAAACUUCAAUGGCUCAAGCCAAACAGACUCCAAUUGCCCAGACGAAACCUGCUGCAGGAUGGGGAGACGCUUUCAAACCUAAGGUCGGAUCCUGGGAGUGCGGAUGUUGUAUGGUGAGGAACGAUGCUGCCGUUCUCUAUUGUCUUUCUUGUGAAUCUCCUAAAGACGGCACCAUACCAAAAAAGGAAUCUUCUGGAGGAAUUACAGGCGUCAACCUUGACACGCCCUUCAAAUUCAGUUUUGGAAUUGGAGCGGGAGCAACUACGGCGAACGCUCAACCUGAAGCAGCCAAACUGGAGUCUUCCAGUACUUUCAAAUUUGGAGAACCGCCGGUAAAGCCAACCUUCGGAAGUUCAACUUUCUCCUUCCAACCACCUAAAGUUGCACCAAGCCUCCAGCUAACACCAGCUAAAGAUGCAGCUUCAACAACAAAGAACAGCUUCGUUUUCGGUUCUCCUGAAGAACAUAACUUCGAGUUCAAACCAAGGUCUCCUAGGAAAUCAUCCGGUCCUGGAGAAGAAUCGGACGGAAGUUAUGUUGAAGAAGAAUGCGAUAAUAUUUACUUCAAGCCCGUGAUACCUUUGCCAGACAAGGUAGAGGUUAAGACUGGCGAGGAGGAGGAAGAAGUGGUGUAUUGUCACAGGGCCAAACUGUUCAGAUUUGUAGGCGGCGAAUGGAAGGAAAGGGGUAUUGGCGAUUUGAAAAUCUUGAAGAAUAAAGGCAGUGAGAAGUUGAGGGUUUUGAUGAGAAGAGAUCAAGUAUUAAAGAUCUGCUUGAAUCACACUCUAACCUCGAACAUCGAAUAUAGGUUGAAAGACGAGAAGACCUGGCUCUUUGUUGCACCAGACUUUUCAGAAGGCGAAGUUACCUAUGAACAGUUUUGUCUUCGUUUCAAGACUGCAGAAAUUGCCAAAGAUUUUAAGGAUGCUGUAGAUAAGGCACUUGGUUCGUCUACCGAAACAGCACCAGAAAAAGAUGACAGUUCCGACAUAGAGUUCGUUUGCGAGACUACCGUAACUGACGACGAGCUGAAGGAGGCCCAAAAACUACAGCUACCGCCCAAGUUCUUCGCUUUUCGGAAAUUGCCUUUGUGCACGUGUGCGCAGUGCCUAAAGGACGAUAAAUACUUCGAAGGUACAGCCUUCCAGGAGGGGCCCUCGAAAUCGGAAGAAGCGACAAGCUCGACUCCAAUUGUGUUCGAUCCCAGGUCAAAACCGCCCCCAUUAUUUUCUAAGAAACCCGAAGAGUCGAACAGCUCGAGCUUCCCGAAUCUGAAGGACCUCCUGUCUAGGCCACCGCCACCUUUGCAUACCAUAGCCCAAACCCAAACGGCCUCGCCGACCACCUCUUCUACCACGACUACCGCAGGGUGCUGGUAUGGCGGCACGAUGCUGAAGAAACCAGGUUUCUCCUUAAACCCCGUCAACGCUUCCGACGACGACAAAAACGAAACGGGCGGCCGAACCCUUGGAAGCAAAAACUUUGUCUCUCCGCCCUCCAACGAAACAUCUGGAAGUACCAAGGAGAAUAAGGCGACCUCAUUCGAAAAAGCCAAUGCGGACAGUACGAGCACCUUCGGAGGCCCACCCGUUUUUGGAGGCAUCGCCGCCGAGAAAUCGGGCAUUUUUGGAAACGCCACUUCGCUAAGCAAAACAAGCAUUUUCGGAAACGCCGCUGAAAGCAAGAAUACCAGCAUCUUUGGAAGCGCAUCGGAAAAUACAAAACCAAGUUCAUUCGGAAGCCUAGCAGAGAAUAAGAAUACCACUAUCGCUGAGAACAAGAAUACAAGUAUAUUCGGAAACGCAGCUGAGAACAAAAAUACAAGCAUAUUCGGAAACGCAGCAGACAAUAAAAAUACCUUCUUAGGAAACUCGGCUGAGAACAAAAGUAUAUUCGGAUAUACAGCUGAGAAUACCAGUGUCUUCGGAAACGCAGCUGAGAACAAGAAUACAAGUAUAUUCGGAAAUGCAGCUGACAACAAAAAUACAAGCAUAUUCGGAAACGCAGCAGAAAAUAAAAAUACCAUCUUAGGAAACUCGGCUGAAAACAAAAGUAUAUUCGGAUAUACAGCUGAGAAUACCAGUGUCUUCGGAAACGCAGCUGAGAACAAGAAUACAAGUAUAUUCGGAAACGCAGCUGACAACAAAAAUACAAGCAUAUUUGGAAAUACAGCGGAGAAUAAAACUAGCAGCGCUUUCACUGAGGGCAAUACCAGUAGUUUCGGUAAUGCAGCAACUAACGUGUUUGCAAAAGGUAGAAACCUGUUUGGAGUCGCCGCCGAAGAGAACAAAUGCAGUAUAUUCAGUUCAGCCAACACACCAAAAACCGCUCAGAAUCUGAGCGUCUUCGUGACGCCUUCGCCCGACACCGAUGAAACGAAAACAGAGAAAAAAACCGACAUCUUCACGACGCCCACGCUCGCGGCAGAAAAAAAAGUCAGCGUCUUCGGCGAUUCAAGCAAGCCUGGCACCAACUUGUUCGGCUCGGCACGUACCGCUUCGUCGGCCAUCUUCGGAACGCCCAAAUCGGCCUCUACUACUGCCGUCACCCCGACGGCGCUCUUCGGGAACAGCGCGGGUUCCGUAACGACGACCUCCUUGUCCGUUUUCGGAAAUUCGACCACCACGACGGCCAGCAUCUUCAGCGGCCAGAACCUGGCCACCGUCACGCCCAAGCAGGAGGGUAGGAUGGGAACUUUCGGUGCAGCAAACACCGGAAGUUUGUUCGGUAGCAACAGCGCCACCUCGUUUGGUUCCGGCGCCAGUUUCCAGUUCGGAAAAGGACAGAGCGCCGCUAGCGGACAGCAGAACGAAGGCACAUCCGCCAUCAAAACGUUAUUCGGCAGCGGUGGCGACGCCAAGACCACCAACUUGAAGGAGGGUGACGAGGUGGUUCUCAAGUGCACCUCCGAGGUCAGCUUUUCGACUCUGGCCCAGCAGAACGAGGGCAUGGCGUUUGGAAAACCAAAGAAUGACGCUUCUGAUACCCAACCGUUUGCUCAUUUGGGGGUAGGUGCCCCGGUCUUCGGUACCAAGAAGAAGCAGUCGACGACGCCCGAUAGGUCUCGUAAGGACGACACUAGCGAAGAGGUUGGUGCCGGCGACGAAGAAUAUGACCCCCACUACGAGCCCAUAGUACCAAUGCCGGACGCCAUUGUGGUGACAACGGGGGAGGAAGACGAAACGCCUCUUUUUAACGAGAGGGCGAAACUCUACAGAUACGAUGUCGAUUUGAAGGAAUGGAAAGAGAGGGGAGUGGGACAAUUCAAGAUUCUUCAUAAUCCUAAAAACAAUACUUAUCGUUUCCUUCUAAGAAGAGAACAAGUCCACAAAGUUGUAUUGAAUCAACUGAUGACAACCAGUUUAGACUUACAACCUAUGAUGACUUCAGAUAAAGCCUGGGUGUGGGCUGGACAUAACUUUGUGGAAAACGAAAUGCAUUUGGAAAAACUAGCUGUUAGAUUCAAGUAUGAAGACACUUCAAAGAAAUUCAAAGAGGCUGUGCAAGACUGCCUCAGAAAAAUGGAGCAGGCCGCAUUCAAUGCGAAUGUUACACUACCAUCAAGUGUACAAGAAUAUUGUGAGGCUGUUAGCUCAGAUUCUGAGCAAAAUGAUGUUAAUGAUUAUGAUGAUAAUGACUAUGAUGUUGAUUUUGAUGAGCGAACUGUGAUGUUCCAUCACAAUUGUACACUACAAGAGUAUACACCGAGUGGUCAAUGGACAGAAGUUUCAAGUGGUUCGAUAGAAAUAUACUGUGAUUUGGAUAUGUAUGGAUGGAAGAUAUGUUUUAUUGGUGAAGAUGGAGAGAUACUGAGUACAAGUGUGAUUGGAAUCAACACUAUUAUGCAGGUAGAUGGUAGUCUCUGCACAUGGAGGACAGUAGAACUGGUCAAAGAUGAAGUAUAUUGGAGAGAUCUCAGAGCUAUUUUUCCAAAUGAGGAUGCCGCUACAAAGUUCCAUCAGAACUACCUACAAGGAAUCAGUUAUGCACAAGAAUGGGAGAUAGUGGAUGAUAUCCAAAGUGCAGAAAUAGAAGAAAUCGAUUAAAAUUACGAGUUUGAUAUUUUUUUUGUAUAUUUAUUUUGUGAAUGUUAUAGGCUUAGGUUGCAAAUUUUUUUACUAUAACAUCUUCCUAAAUUUUUAGUAUAUAAAAGUUGAUUAUGAAGAGCCAA